AUGGAGCACCUGGCUGGUGGGGGUAGGGAGAAGCUGCAGACGGAUGGGAGAAAGAACAGCCCAGCACUUCCGGUUCCGCAGGGGCCAGCGUCCCCGGUCCUCACCCCCGGCGCGGCGCCCGUCACCGCCGCCGUCGUUGUCACCGCCGUCGUUGUCGCCGCCGCCUCCCAGCAGUGCCGUCUGGCCUCUGAGAGGCAGCGCGCGGCCCCCGCACGCUCCACGCCCGCCCCGCCGCUGCGCGCUCCCGACGGCCGACGCUCGCCUCCGUGCCGGCGCGCGGCCGUUGCCCUCAGCCUAGGGUCUGUAGCCCUCACGGCGUUCCCAUUGGCUCCCGGGCGCGGGCGCGGGCGACGUCUCUCGCGGGGCACGUUUUUCUCAUUCAUGCGGCUAACGCCGCCGAGCCCGCCUCCUCCCGUUCACUCUUCCAUUCACCCCCUAACCCCCGCCCCCACGCCGCUCCGGAGCGUGCGCGCGACCGCGGGCGACCUCGCCUUCUGAUUGGCUGCAGGGGCACGGCGCCGCAAACACGUGGUGAGACGGGGGCGCGCGCGUUUGGCCGCGGUGCCUGGCUGGUGGCCGGGAGAGGGGGCAUGGCGAACCGCGCAGGAUUGGGAACGAGGAAAUGAGCGGGCGAGGUCUUUCUUCUUGCUUUGUCCGCUUUUCCGUUGGUAGUGUAUCCGAGAAAGACUCUUAAGAAAAAAAAAUUUCUACGUAUGUGCCGGAAGUAGUCAAAAAACAAGCAGAUGCCCUUUCUUAGUUCAUCGGCCUCCUCCGAGUUAGCCUGGUACAGUCCUGACAAGCGUCUACCAUAGCCAAUCACCGGUAGUCCUUUCCGGCUUCCUUCCUUGCCUCUUCAUUCAUUGGUGUGAGGGUUACGUAGGGCAGCCCCCCACUUUUUUUUUCUUUAAGGAGUGAAACUUUAUUUAAAACAAUCCUUUGGCGAAAGUGUCAGUGGGGCAAAUUCUCAGACCGUGGCAGAAUUCCUGAGUGGUGGUAUGCCUGGGCUAUGGCUCACACAUGGAGGAAGGAGGGAGGCUGCACGGCCAAUAGAGCAGUCUGAGGAGAGGGUUCUGUCAAAGGCUGGGUUAGAUGUAGGAGAGCGCUCGCCGAUGGAGUGAAGCACCGGGAGUGCGCGGUGCGAGGCGUAGACACCUCCACGACCACACAGGGGAUGGGCACCCUGACCUCACCCAAUUUGAGAAAACAGGCUGAAAAAGAGAAGUCUUUCUAGAAUAGCUCCUGUCCCUGGCGAGCUGCUGGCCAACUCUCCGUAGAUCACAGCACUACAUUUUGCCCUAAUUAGGCCGAGACAGCUGUGGACAGCUUUGCCAUAGGGCUCUCCUCUUACAGCUUCAGGCCACCUCUCAUUUGUAAAGCAGCUCUGUUACAUAAUAGCCCUUCAAAAAGAUAUCCCCGAGCCACUUCCCCGAUUCGAAGGUCUCUCGUUCAGGGUGAUUUCCAAGUCCUGUCAUUGUUUCCUUGACUUGACUUCAAAUGUUACUGAUUUAACUUUGACACUUCAGCCAUAGGCAGCCAGUUAAAGCAAAAUCUACCCUUUGUUCUUUAGAAUCUAGUCUUUUCCCUUAUUUUACUACUGGCUUUCAAUGCAGCAUUUAUUGCAACCGUUACGAGUAUACAUUUUUUUUAAAGUGUGAAACUUUAUUUAAAACAAUCCUUUAGCGAAGAUGUCAGUGGGGUAAAUUCUCAGACCAUGGCAGAAUUCCUGAGUGGUGGUAUGGCCUGGGCUAUGGCUCACACAUGGAGGAAGAAGGAGGCGGCACGGCCAAUAGAGCAGUCUAAGAAAAGGGUUUUAAAAAAAAACUUCAGCUAUAUGAAUAAUUUUAAGGUAUUAGUUGUAGGUACAACUUUUACCCUAUCAAGUAUAUUCUGCCUAUAAAAUGUUUCCUUAAGAUGAGUAAAAUUUCAUUUAUUUCUCUAGGAUAUUAAAGCUU